AGACAACGUCCCGAUGGCAGACAGAGCAGCGGCGCGCCUGCGCGCCGAAGCGGCAGCGAAACGGGAACGAGAGGCUGCAAAGAAACAUCUUGAAGCCUCUGGCGCAGGUCCGUCGCAGUACGAGAUGAAGGGAGUGAUACGACAAGUCGGGUACGACAUCAACAUGGGAGACAACACCCUCCAAGUCGCGAGGAAGACAUCAGCCGCAAGUGCAAGAAUUCCAGUACAAAUGUCAUCAAUACCAUUGCCACCUACCCUGCCCAAGACUGCACCAUCUUCGAAAUCAUCCACAAAGAAACCCGAGGUCGACAUCGGCUUGUUACCAGGAUGGAGAUCUGCCGUCGACAAGGAGAGUGGCGAUGUGUACUACUGGAGCAAGACAACCAAGGAGACGACUUGGGAAAAGCCUUCGAUCGUAAACCCGCAACUAGAGAAAGGCGAGACACCACUGCCAUACGGCUGGGAAGAGGUGCAAGAUCCCUUGUCACAAGACGUCUACUACUGGAACAUCCACACGCAAAAGACGCAGUGGGAGCGCCCCGUGUCCCUCGAACAAGCUAUUGAAGCGAAAUCCAAGUUAGACAACUUGCUCCAGAAUUGCGGGUCCAGUGCAUUUGUUGGCAUCGACGACGAAGGUUCUCACGGAAACACCUCGGCGGUAACGUCGGGUAAUGUAUCGUAUCCGCCGCACCUGCAUCCACACCAUCUUGUCUCAUUCGUGACACAGGCAUGAAGCGAGGGCUGUCGCACGACAGCCCAGACACGUAAGCACGACCCUGUCGUCAUAUCAUCAUUUCCAUCCACCGAUCUGUGCUUUCUUUCCUCAAGGUCCACAAGAAAGUCGCCGCGCCGCGCGUAGACGUCCAGUCCAUGCCCCAUGUCGGAUCUGUGCGCGAAGUGCUCUGGCGAUGUGGUCGCGCCUUUCCGUACUUUUAAAACCUCUCGAUACAAACGCCAAAUAUAAAGUUCGAAUUUCGUGUGCA